AUGAUUCAUUCAGGCCAUAAAUCCAUUUGGAUAUGGUUAUCACUCCUAUUGACUAUAUUAAAGCCUUCAAUUGCCGCUGAAGUCACUGGUGUGUUCACUGCUAUCAACUCAAUUAUCAAAUAUGCUGGUGACUAUCAUGAUUCUCCAAUGGAUUUUUUCAACACAACAGUUCAGUGGAAAAUUGAUACAUCAAAAGUUUCCACAGGUGAUACCUUUAAGUUAAAUAUGCCUGAUGUUUUUGAGGUUAGAAUUCCAGGCCCAGUUUCAGGAACAUAUGUCAAUUAUUUUGAUUUAAAAUUAGGAUCAACAACAAUUGCAAGUUGUAAUGUUGAUCAAGCUAGUGGUCGUGCUCUUCAAUCCGUUGCAAGCUGUCAAGUUACAGCAGACCUUUCAAAGUACAAACAAGUUGAUGGUACUAUCAGUUUGGGGCUUGUGUUUGAUGCUGGUGCCAGAGAUCUAACAAGAGCAGCUGCCAGUAGAUGGGUUAUUGGUACCAAUACCGUUACAUUCAAUGGUGAUAUUUCAGGUAAAUUUACUCUUACCACAGCACCAACUUCACCACCACAAGGUUAUGAUCAUUUCUCCAGAUACAGAUUGACAAUGAAAGGUGACCAAUAUGUUUAUUUUAUGCAAACUGAUAAUAUUUGUUCUGGAAAAGGUAUCCAAAAAGGGACUCUUCAAUAUGAUACCUCAACCAAUAAGGAUGGUGAUGGUGUUAUUAAUACAGCAACACCAGAGUUUAGAAUCACUAAAAAAUCUGAUUUAAGUACUUUCUUGUUUCCAAAAGUUGCAAGCCAGGUUUCAGGUUCUUCAUUUACAUAUGCUUUGAACAAUCAACAAUUGACUUAUACUUUUGGUGCUGUACCAGCUGAUUCAAGACUUUCACUAUCUCUUUAUACAGCUGUUAGCACACAGCAGUCCCUCCAUGUGAGCCAUUGGCGUAUGAAAGGUACUUGUGCUGAUGGUUCCUCAUUCAACUAUGAUUUUCAAGAUAACAUUUCAGCACUGUUCAAGCUCAACCACAUCAACGAAACCAAGUUCAACGACAAGUUCAACGACAAGUUCAACUACAAGUUCAACUACAAGUUCAACCACAAGUUCAACCACAAGUUCAACCAUAAGCUCAACCACAAGUUCAACCAUAAGUUCAACAACAAGUUCAACAACAAGUUCAACAACAAGUUCAACAACAAGUUCAACAACAAGUUCAACAACAAGCUCAACCACGAGUUCAACAAUAAGCUCAACCACGAGUUUAACUAG